GUGGUGGCAAACCACACACCCACACACGACACCAUCGAUCAAAUCUGUCUGUCCGUCCCGAACAGACACGCUCGGUCUUCUCUUCGCUCUGGCAGACGUACACGGGCAGGCCGCUUUCUCUAUCCUGUCAGAUAGUGUCGAACCCCAAGGAUACAUACGUCACUGCGCCCGCGGCCGCAAAAGGUAUUUCAUCCCCACGUGUACAGAAAGCCUACAACGGGUCGCCGUCGAAAUCGCGGGCCUGCUUUCGGAAUGGGUGUCUCCUUGCUGAAGCUGGGUGUGGGACUCUCGGUGGCGUUGGGACUCGGCCGCGCGCAGCCAUCGGGAGUGAAGAGGGCCUCAGUAGAGCGUGGCGGACUUGUGUUUCAGAGCGACGCCUGUCCUCAAGCGAUAUCUAAGGAGGAGGCUGCUGCCUUGGAGGCGGACGAAUCCUUGCCGGGCGGCAUUUUGUCCGUCGGCUCUCUCGACGCAAUAGGACGCAGCGGAAACCACUAUGAGGUGGUAACAAGGGUCUUUUCGAUGUCGUUCUGCUGCCAGUACAAAGUGGUGAGGAUGCCCGAACAGGACACCGUCCUUCCCACGGAGAACGGGGAUACGUUGGAGCUGAGGCACAACACGUACAGCUUUUCUUCCGCCGAUGCUGCUCUCCGCACCGAGCACCUAGGAUACGGAGAUAUCGCAACGGACCCCGAGAUAUGCCCGCCGAUCAAGCAUCUUUCUGGACAAAAGACAAAGGAGUUCACCCGCGAAGGAGUUCAUGAGAGGCUUCUUCAGUGCAUGCUGCGUGUUGAGAUGAUCGGGUGCGUAGCGCACUUCCUCCACGAUGUCGUGGGCGCCGACGACGCCUUCUGCCGCUGGAAAGAUGAGGGCAAGGAGGAACGCCGGUCACUGUUGCGAGCCACGUCGGCAGUGGAGGGCGAGGAUAAGCGCCACGCCGGGAGUUCCCCCCAGGGUAAAGGCCAGUCUCUGGUCGUGCACAUGCGCUCCGGGGACAUUUUCUCGCCAGAGUUGUCGGACAUCCCGUGGUAUGGGCAGCCACCCCUCCAAUUCUAUCUCAAGGUGAUAGGCAGCAGGCCAUGGAGCAACAUCUCCGUCCUGACAAACGCCAGGAUCCAGAGGGAGUUCAACCCGACCUUCGGCGUGUUGCAGGAGCUGGACAAGCAAGGGCUCUUGGGGGCGCCCGCCAAUUUCUAUGCGGACCGCGAUUUGUACACGGAUCUCCGGGACAUGCUGUGCGCCGAGAACGUGGUCCUGGCAAAAUCGUCCAUCACCCGAUUGUUGGUCAGGCAUUCGCGAGCGAAGCGGUUCUUCCUCCCUACGUCGUGCGCUCGAGGAGGCCCGUUCUUCGUCGAUCGGAUCUGCCUCUACAGGCCAGACGUUGAGGUGUACGGCAUCGAGUGGAAGACAACUCUCAACGAGUACAGCGUGUACGACGAGUGGAUAAACACCGACGCGCAGCGGCUGGAAAUGAUCACCUCGGAUGAAGUCAAGAGUAUCCAGCGAUGCUGCGUCAAAUGAACCGGAAACAAUUGUCGGCGAUUGCGGAUCCACGUCGAGGUAGUUUUAGCUUUGCCAGCAGUGAAACCUGCUCGGGGUUGUAGUGAAUAGUUACGUAGCGGCCGCACAGUAGCUUGUGCGCACAUCAUAUUUUUAGCUCUGCCUUUCAUGGAAUGUCCUCCUCACGAUGCUGAGGAAAAUAUGGCACAGAACCGGAAUGGAGAUAAUGUGGAUGAGAUGUGCCCGACGUACUGUAUUCCUACCGUAUUCGUGGUGAAUAAUGCUUGAGGAUGAUAUGCAUAGCACCGCACCGGUGGAAUCGAGGUGAUGAUGAUUGCGUGCGCGAUCCUCUAUCGUUAGUGUCUUACUGUCUGAGUUUUUGCUUGGUUGUAGUCCGUUGAGGAAGAUCUCACGUGACACUGGUAUGAAGGGAAUGACCGACAAUGGGUGGGUUUUAUCCCAUGUAGUAUACUCCUCUUAUGGAUAUCUGACGUGAUUGUUGCGGUGGUAUUUUUGGGGGGAUGAGAGCACGCCAGGAACUAUUGUACGCGUUGUUGUACAAAGUCUUCGUACGUGACGAUAUUAUGAGCAGUCUGUUGACGACCUUGACACAGCACGCAUCGGAUGUAGGCGAUACACGACAGCAUGCCCAAUGCUAUCUUCGUGUCUUCGUUGUUGAGGAUAGCACCAACUAAGAUUGUAGUGUCGUCGUACCCCGCGUGAUUGUUCUUUGCAGUGGUGCGCUUCGUAACUGGUUGUGAGCCGUGUGGGCCCAGCUCAUGUGUUUGUGCAAAAUAGGAAACUUAAGUCAACUCGCGGAGGUGCCAUAGCCUUGUAUCAUAGAUACUCGCGAGUAGCUGGGUCUCCUGGUGCUACCGAAGUGGACAAUCGCACAGAAUGGUGCCCUUCCAACCCAGAUCAUCUCUGAAUUUCUUUAGUGGGAUGUCGACAUGUUGGUGUUUUUGUUUACAUGUGAUUUUUGCAAGUCGUAUGGGCCCAGCCCAUGUUUUUGUGUGUUCAGUAUCGAUGUUCGAUAUCUCGCCUAACUCGGCUGAACGUGGAAAGGCCUCGUAUUAUAGAUACUCCCGAGUUGCCGGGUCUGGUGUUGCGAGCUUGACGUUGACAACGCACCGGAAAGAGACCCUGCAAAAUCCCAAAUCUUACCGUUUCUUGUGAAUUGGAAGUCUUGUGUAGUACUCAAGUCCACGAGGCUAACUGCUGUUGUUGCGGGUCUGUCGUAUAGACAACGCACCAGAAGGAUUGCCUGCAGGCCGUCACCCGGAGAGGUCUUAAGGUUGAUUUUCAUCGGAUUUUUUCUUGUCACCCGGAGGUCAGUAUAAUGGUAUUUUGUAUAGGUUGGGUCUUGCUCCAAUUUGUUCCUGUCUUGCCUCAUAGUCGGUCUGGGGACCUCGAUUUCAUUUGGCAAUUAAUUUUCGAGGGCUAGGUAGGGAACCUGCCGGAGACUUAUCACUUUGGACUUCCCAUUGCAUAGAGCGCGUCGUUUAGAGGAAUGCAUACAUAAAUACCUGUGAUGAGGCGGCAGUGACCGUCUGUCGCAUGGAAACCCGCGCCCAACACUUUGUAGUGUAGUACACUUCACACG